AUGACAAGCGAACCUGCGAAUUUCACUAUGCAUCAUACAAACAUUGUAAAAGUUAAGUGUGACUGGCAGUCAAACGUUUGUGGAAUGGACAUCGAGGACUGUGUUGUUUCCAGUCCAAAGCAGUCCGAAACUGAUGCCAACAAACUUGAUGUCCUGCAAUUAAUAACAGAAUUUGAUUGCAAGGGUGUGAAUUUCGAAAAACCUGAACAUUUAAACGACUUUUUCAUAAACAUCAAUUGCGAUUCGAUGCAUGUAAUCAAUACAAUAGUUGUGUGUUCUGAGGCACGAAUCAUAGAACUGUUUGGGAAGACGGGAGAAUAUGUGUCUAUACAUCAGUCUUUAGGUCACAAUGAUUUAAGUGAUGGAGUUAAAAUGUACUCUCAUUUUAUACCCAUUAAUAGUACAGAGUGUGCUUUAAAGUUGAAACAAUAUAAUAAUUCAGAUUUUGUUUGGAUUUUUGGCAUAAUUAUUUAUUUAACCGAUAUGAAAGACCAUCCUAAUAAAUUCUUGGGCCCUAUAAAUAUGCAGAACGUUCAAAAUUUGUUGGAGUCAAAACCAUUAGACUUAAAUGCUUUAAAACUAUUUUCUAUGUUAAGUCUGAAAGAAUCAAAAUCAACUAAUAAUGAUAUUUUAAUGUCGAUUUUCAAUAAUAUGAAAAAUUCUAAAUUUCCUAAUAGUGAAACGGAGGGCAAUCAAUUCAUGUCGAUUAGUUUCAAACAAUUCGAAAAAAAAGUAGAAGACAAACUUCAAAGUAUGACUGCUCAAAUUAAUACAAUUGAGAAUAACGUUGAAACAUUAAAUAAAAAGUUUGACUUGUUGUUAAGUGCACUACAUGAUAAGAAUAUUUUAUUAUAA